UAAGCUAUUAUUAUAUUUUCUUUUUGCAUUAAUUUCUGGGCUAUAUAUAGAGUAACAGGCUAGAUGACUUUCUUCCAAGUAACUAAGAUUGCACUCAGUUUACAAGAGUAUGAAAAUGAAUUCCUCCUUCCCUUUCAUCGCUUUAUUCUUGUUUGUUUUGGUUACUAGCACCACAGAUGCAAGAAAAGAUGUGGGAGAGUACUGGCCUAGAGGUGUAAUGAAAGAUCAGCCAUUGCCAGAAGUUGCUGCAAGCUCAAAAAUCAAUUGUCACACAACUGAUGAUUCUGAGCUGAAGAAUUUUGUUAAGGAAUUUAAAGAUCCUGAUGAAACGAUUAAUCAUAAUGAUAUAAAACCAGGUCAAAGUAAGUCAUUCUUCAAGAAUUUUGAGCCGGUACCUAAUCUAUCAGUUUACAACAAUGAUUCUAUUCUCAAAGAAAAGAAAUCUUUUUUCGUCAAAGACUUUGAACCGAGACCUGAUGCCUCAGUAUAUGAUAAUGAUGUUGGCCUUAAAGAAGAUAAAUCAUUUGCUGAAGAUUUCGAGGCGAUACCCAAUCUUUAAGUUUAUAAUGAUUAAGAGAAGCACAUUUAUGGACUCAUGCAGUGAUCCUUAAUGCCAACUGUAUUUGUAUGUUUCAUGUGUGAUAAUAAGUGCUCCAAUAAAAGAGUCGUAAUAUUGUGUUAGAAUGUCCGAGUUGAUGUUUUAGUUCUGGUAAAAUUGAGAGACAAAUAUUUGUAUUAGAUAAAUAAUAAUUUUAGCAAUAGUAGCAAGCAAAUAAAUUCUAUA